CCAAGAAUCCAAACCCUAGUUUUAGUUUUAUACAUAAAUCAUUAGAUUUUAGAUUACACACAUAUGCUCCUCUCCCUCUGUCUCUCUCUCACCACUCUGGUCCUCUGUGUUCCCCACCACCUUCAUACAGACCAAUACUCGACUUUCUCUCUCCUUCGCUCUUCUCGAACCUUCUCGAUCUGCAAAAGCCCUAACUUGACAAUUUCGACAAUUUCAGCUCCCACUCCUCCCAAACUCCAAACCCCAGCAGAUUGGGAAUCCCCUAAUUUGCUUCCAUUCGCAGGUCAAUUACAAUUCUCCGCGCAAUAACCCUAUUCGUGUUCUGCUGGGCGUUUUGGUUCUUCGACCUCUGUUCGUCAACCACUCAAUUGGGGCUUGGACUUUUUGGUACUUGGGCAGCUUUCGAAGUGUUGAGCAACCGGAGGAGGAAGAAGGAGCGAGCUGGAAUUACGAUUUUGCCCUCGUGAUCUGGGUCACUACUAGUUCGAGAGCAAUUCGGGGUCCAUGUCAGAGUUGUUAGUGGUCCACCACUUCAUGAGACAUUGACCCAUGGAUCCUGAAGGAACGAAGUUUGGACGAGGACCAAAGGAGUUGACUGGUGCUGUAGAUCUCAUAAGUCACUACAAGUUACUUCCCCACCAUGAGUUUUUCUGCAAGCGACCACUUCCAGUAUCAAUAUCAGACACACACUAUCUUCACAAUGUGGUGGGAGACACAGAAAUCAGAAAAGGAGAGGGGAUGCAGUUGGAUCAACUUAUUCAGAGUACAUCAUAUCCCCGGGAUACAAAACCACGCAUACAGCCUUUUGAACUAGAUACUCUCAGAGAGGCUUUCCAUCUUAGAGAAACGGCUCCUAUUGAUCUACCACUUGCAGAUAAGGGGACUCCAACUAUUGCAGGGAAAUCAAAGAGCGAGUCUAAAGACAAGGAGAAGAAACACAAAAAGCACAAGGACAGAGACAAAGAGAAGGAUAAAGAGCACAAGAAGCGUAAACACCGUCAUAAAGAUCGAAGCAAAGAUAAAGACAGGGAUAAGAAGAAGGAUAAAAGUGGGCAUCAUGAUCCGUCCGGUGAUCACUCAAAGAAACAUGAAAAGAAAAGGAAACACGAUGGAGAUGAAGACCUUAAUGAUGUCCACAGACACAAAAAAAGUAAGCAUAAGAGUUCAAAACUUGAUGAAGUGGGCGCAAUCAAGGUAGCUGGCUGAAAGGCGGGGAUAUUUUAGUAAUUUUGUUUUCUUCAAAUGGUUGUCAUUCAGUCUGGAGGGGUCUUACACUUGAUUUUGUAUUUCUUGAGAAUAACUUUUGAACUGACUAAAGAUUGUGAAGAAGGUGAAUUCACCUGCUGAAAAUAUGUGGAUUAAAGGUAAGAGUUAGUGAAAGUGAACUUCCUUGUAUAAUAACAAUGAUCUAAUAUGACUUCCAGUAGUUUGCAAAAAAAAACUAUUCUGUUUUCAUGGCACAUUGAUAUGUAUGUCCGCGGUAUUAAGAUAUUUUUAGCAUUUUUUAGCAGUCCAGAAUUUAUAAUUUGUGAGGGAGAGUUUGUAGCUUCCAGUUAUAGGAAAAAUAGGUUUAGGAAGAGAGUGUAUAUAUGAUUUCUUUCGUUCCUGUUAUGUUGUAUCAAUGGCUAACAUCACUGCUGAUCCAAAAACAUCUAACAUCUUGGAUUAUGUCUGUUCUCACCUGACUUCUAAUUAGUAUCAGUGAAAUAUUCUUUUUGCAAAAAAGUAUAGACUGAUGAUUUGUAUUCGAGACGAUCAUUAUUCCUGCUGUUGUAUUUUGCAGUGUGAAUGACAUCAUUCUUCUAUUCUAUGCUGCUAUCUCAUGAUGGGAACCUUUCUUGGUCAUCUUUGUUUUAGGUUCCCUAUCAAUAUGUUUUUGGGUUUGUUUUGUAUUUAGCGUAUAUUGAGAGAAAUUAUUUUCUAGUAUCACGCAUCCCUCCAAGAUCUCAACUUGGAAGCGAGGCGUUAUAAGCUAGCGUUGUGUGAUUAAUUGGGGAAACCAUUUCUGUCA